AUGGCCGUGGCCAGGAUGGAUGAGGCAGAGCUUCGAAAGUGCAUCACGCAGAUUCAGCUCGAUCAGUCGCUGAAUGAUGCUGAGAAGGCAAAGAAACGUCAGGAAUUGCUGUCGGGGCGGUGGAGUCAGCCGGCAGUGAAGGACACAGACGAGGCUGCAACGGGUAGUUUGGAUUUAACAUCUUGUCCUGGGAAAGACGCUGCGGACGAAACCACCAUAUUUGAUGAGACCCUCAAAUGCGCCAUGUGCAUGGACCUCUGCGCUCGCCCUGUCACGGCGCCCUGCCAGCAUAACUUCUGCCUGGGCUGCUUCAACAAGUGGGUUGCGCAAGGCAAGAAGACCUGCCCCACGUGCCGCCAUGCCUUCCCGGCCAAGUUUGCGUCCAACCCGCGUAUCAAUACCCUCUUGGCCUCUGCCAUCCGCAUGGCCAAGCUGGGCCAGCGCCCUGUCAACACCAAAAUUGUCGUGCACAUCAACGACAAGGACAGGCCGGACGAGGCGUUCACUACAGACCGCGCAGUGCGCUCGGGGCGCGCCAACGCCGCCUCCGGCCGCAUCAUGGUCACCGUCCCCGGCGACCACUUCGGGCCCAUCCCUCCAGAGGCCGAUCCUCGCGGCACGGGUAUCCGUGUGGGAGAGUUCUGGAAGGACCGCCUCGACUGCCGUCAGUGGGGCGCACACUUCCCCCACGUGGCCGGCAUCGCUGGGCAGUCCGGCCAGGGAGCGCAGUCUGUCGUCCUGUCUGGCGGGUAUGAGGAUGACCUGGAUGAGGGGGAGUGGUUCCUGUACACGGGCAGCGGAGGGCGCGACCUGUCCGGCAACAAGCGGGUCAAUAAGAUCCAAUCUUUUGACCAGACCUUUGACAAGAUGAACAAAGCGCUGCUCAUUUCCUGCGAGAAGGGCCUCCCCGUACGCGUUGUCCGUUCCCACAAGGAGAAGCGCAGCGCCUACGCGCCCAGUGAGGAGCAGCCGGUGCGGUACGACGGAAUUUACCGCAUUGCGCGCGCCUACCGCAAGCCGGGCACACAGGGGCAGCUUGUCUGCCGCUACGUCUUCAUCCGCUGCGAAAACGAGCCUGCGCCCUGGUCCUCAGAAGACAGCGGAGACGCGCCUUGGACCGGAUCGCUGCCUGCAGCCGUGCAGAAGGAGAUCAAGGAGGCAAAGGGCAAGGUGUAUGAGAUGGGCGCCAAGCCCUGGGACUAUGAUGCGGAGAAGAAGGAGUGGGGCUGGGCCAGACCGGCCCCUGUCAGCCAGAAGCAAGGCGGCGACGCAUCCUCCUCUCCCAAGAAGGCCCGGCGCAAGGCAAAUGAGCACGAGCGCGCAAUGCGGGAGUUCACCUGCACGCUGUGCAAGGGCAUCCUGGCCCAGCCGCUGUCCACUCCCUGCGGCCACCACUUCUGCAAGCCCUGCCUGCUCACCAACUUCCAGGGCCAGGGUGACAUUGAGGACCGCGCCACGAACGCCGGCCGCGCUCUGCGCGAGCGCAAGGUGGUCAAGCCCUGCCCCACCUGCAAGGCCGACAUCGCAGAGUUCCUGCAGCAUGGCCAGGUUAACAGGUGA